GCAAACGUCACAGCUCGCCGAGACAGCCUAUGCUAGGGAGCGCGCGCGCCACACUUCCUCAAUCGACUGAAUCACAGAGCUACAAAACGAGAAGAAGAGAAAAAGCAACUUUCCGUCGUGCUGCGGAGAACAAGCACCGAGUUUACAAGACGAGGUAAAUGCCACCAACACUGUGAUUGUCUGUCUCUGAGAACAAGGGUACCUUGGUACUCAUCACCAUGGCUCCUUUCUUGAGGAUUGCCUUUAACUCCUAUGACCUGGGUGUCCUGCCUCCUCUGGCCGACGCUCCCUUCUGUGCAAUCAAGAUGAAGGAGGCCUUGACAACUGAACGAGGUAAGACCCUGGUUCAGCGCAAACCCACCAUGUAUCCAGCUUGGAAGGCCAGUUUUGAUGCACACAUCUAUGAGGGCCGUGUGCUCGAGGUACUGCUGAUGAAGACAGCGGAGGAGCCUCUGGCUGAGGUCACUGUUGGAGUGUCCGUCCUUGCUGAGCGCUGCAAGAAAGCCAACGGGCGCGCUGAGUUCUGGGUGGAUCUCCACCCUUCAGGGAAAGUGAUGAUGGCUGUGCAGUAUUUUCUGGAGGGAGUGGAUGCAGAGAGUAAGCAGGCUGUAAAGGAGGAAGAGGCUCCUACCCUGAACCGUAGACGAGGGGCCAUCAAGCAGGCCAAGAUCCACUUCAUAAAGAACCACGAGUUCAUCGCCACGUUCUUCAGACAGCCCACUUUCUGCUCCGUGUGCAGAGAAUUUGUCUGGGGACUCAACAAGCAAGGCUACAAAUGCAGACAAUGCAAUGCAGCCAUCCACAAAAAAUGCAUAGACAAAAUCAUCGGCAGAUGUACCGGUACUGCUGCCAACAGUCGGGAUACCGUGUUCCAGAAGGAGCGCUUUAAAAUUGACAUGCCGCAUCGUUUCAAGACCAACAACUACAUGAGUCCCACCUUCUGCGACCACUGUGGAAGUCUGCUGUGGGGUCUAGUUAAACAAGGCCUCAAGUGUGAAGAUUGUGCCAUGAAUGUCCAUCACAAGUGUCAAGAUAAAGUAGCCAACCUUUGUGGUAUCAACCAGAAACUUCUAGCUGAAGCGCUUACACAAGUCAGCCAGAAAUCGUCGACCCGCCGUUCAGAUCCAAACAUGCCUAAUCUGCCGGAUAUUGGAAUCUACGAUGAAGUGAACAAGCUUGCUGCACUAGAAGUCAAUGAUGGAUCUGCCUAUGGCAGACUGUGGGAGGGGUCCAGCCCACGUCCUCAGUCUCGUAUUACCCAUCUGACCCGCAUCAACGUGGACAACUUCAUCUUCCACAAGGUCUUGGGAAAAGGCAGCUUUGGCAAGGUUCUCCUGGCAGAGCUGAAGGGUCGUGGAGAGUACUUUGCAGUGAAGGCUCUGAAGAAAGAUGUAGUGCUGAUGGAUGACGAUGUGGAGUGCACUAUGGUAGAGAAGAGAGUCUUGGCUUUAGCCUGGGAUAACCCCUUUCUCACACACCUGUACUCCACCUUCCAGACCAAGGAGCAUCUGUUCUUUGUGAUGGAGUAUCUGAACGGAGGAGACUUGAUGUUUCAUAUUCAGGAGAAAGGGCGCUUUGACCUCUUCAGAACCAUGUUCUACUCUGCUGAGAUCAUUUGUGGUCUUCAGUUCUUACAUUCCAAAGGGAUCAUCUACAGAGAUCUUAAGUUAGACAACGUGAUGCUGGAUUACGAGGGACACAUAAAGAUCGCCGACUUUGGCAUGUGCAAGGAGAACGUGUUUGGCGAGAAUCGUGCGACAACUUUCUGCGGCACUCCUGACUAUAUCGCCCCGGAGAUCCUGCUGGGACAGAAAUACUCCUUCUCUGUUGACUGGUGGUCAUUUGGGGUGCUGCUGUAUGAAAUGCUGGUUGGUCAGUCUCCUUUCCAUGGAGAUGAUGAGGAUGAGUUGUUUGAGUCCAUCCGCAUGGAUACUCCCCACUAUCCUCGCUGGAUCAACAAGGAGGCCAAGGACCUGCUUGAGCUGUUGUUCGAGAGAGACCCCACUCGCAGGCUAGGAAUUGUGGGCAAUAUCCGUUUACACCCCUUCUUCAAGAACAUUGACUGGCAGGCCCUGGAGAGGAGAGAGAUUGAACCCCCCUUCAAACCCAAAGUGAAAGCACCCAACGACUGCAGCAACUUUGAUCGGGAGUUCCUCAGCGAGAAGCCUCGCCUCUCCUACAGCGACAAGAACUUCAUCGAUUCCAUGGAUCAGACGGCGUUCUCUGGCUUUUCAUUCAUCAAUCCCAACAUGGAGCACCUUUUAGAAAACUGACUGUUCUAAUGCCAGUCAGACAUGGGUUACAUCCCUACUGUUUCCGGACAGUUCUUCUGUCACAUUGCAACAGUCAGUAUUUGUGUGACCUUAUGUUAAGAACAAACUAUUCUUUCCUUGGGUACGUGUAGAAAUGAUAAGCAUAGAAAUGGGUCAUUGUACUGUAUAUACUGAUGUUAUUGUGUUUGUGUGCAUGCUUAUUUGUCUAGAUUGCGAAGGCCCAGAUGAGGUUGAAAAUCUUUACAUUUCACUUGACGUCACUGCAGCCAUUUUGUGUUCCACACUCAAUUCAACCAAACUGGGGGUUUAAAAAAACUGAAAAGGGAAAGAAACCUAUAGGAAUAAAUUAUACUGUAGAAUGCAAAUGUAGAUUGUGUGAAUGAGUGACUGCAUGUAUAGAAAUGUCAGAUCAACAAAAAUCUUCCCAUCUUUAAAUAUAUAUUAAUAAUGAAUAUUGUUUGUCUUUGAAUCAUCUGAAUCCUUGCCUUUGACUGGAUAAAUCAUUGUCUUGCUGACAAAGAAGGAUUUGUGAUUGUCUGAUUGACUCAGCGGUGCCAUGUAAAGAACAAAUGCAAACAGUAACAGCUGGCCUCAGCUGUGUUGAACUUGUGGUUGCAGUCACGGGUGCAGAAAGUUCAGUAAAGGUACAGGACUGUAAACAGUGAGUGAAAAAUCCUUGAAAUGCUGUAUAUAGAUGAGGUAUAUGUAAAUUGUUAUGACAUGUAUAUUGGUUCACUAAGGAUGUACUUUUUUUACUGUCUCCAUCUUAUACAUCUGAUUAAAAAACCAUCAACUCCC